CGUAGUUCAUAUUUUCGUGCAUUAAUAUUAAAUGAUAUGCGUGAAAAAGAAUUGCUCAAACAGGGUCCAUUAUCAAUUGCAGACGUUAAGUACGAUGCAUUCGUUGAAAUAUUAUAUUUUUUAUAUAGAGAACCAUUCCAUACAAAUUUAUCCUUCGAUCUAUAUAUAGAUUGUAUGAUCUGAUCGCAUCAAUUUGACUGGUGCAAAAAAUGCAUCAUUAAACGUGCAUCAUUUUUUGCAUGGACAAUGUUUCGUUGCAUAUUGUGAUUUACAAUCACACGUCGCACCACUCAUUGAGGAUCGAACAGACAAUCAAUGAACAUAGUCUUGUCUAUGCACUAUUGCAAAGCCAGUUGAGAAAAAUUCCAGAAGAAAGGAAAUAGUUGCAAAUAUGCAUUAUUUCCUCAGUUAUUACUGAUCCUGAUUCUUUUACAACUUUUAAGGUUACAUCAUGACUCAUGGUCCUACUGACAUUAAUCGAUUUUAAACAUUUUUCUACUACGUACGGACAAUACGUAUAGCCGAUGAUGGCUGCAGUUCUAAUCGAAAGUUUCUUGUUUUAAGCCACUCUCACUCCUCACGACAGAAAAGACGUGCUAACCACCGUCCAUCGACUUUAGGAAACACACGGAAAUUUUUAGCACUUGUGGUACAAAGAAAAACAGUUUACUCCCUAGGUCGAGAAGGUAUAAAAGAAGUCUGGACUGCAACGAAUAGAAAACUCUCACAUCCUGUCGGACGUUCUUUAUGUUUUACCCUAAACUACUAGUUUACCAUUUGCAUCUUGGAAACCAAGUUUAGCUGGUUUUGAAUAACUAAGACUGGUUGUUAUACUAACACCUAGAUUAAUAUCCAGACUAAACGUUAUUGAUAAAGCUGCACUAAUUUGUAUAUUAACUGGAAUAAUUACAAUUACAAAUGAGAAGGUUCCCAGUGUUUGUGAGAGACUUGUGGGGCCAUUUUACAUGUUGUACAAUACAUUUUGUUAAACUGGCUGUAACUGCCUUGUAUUUACUAUUGGUUACCAAAAACAGUUUGAAGUCAUUUACACCAUAAGAAAGACCCCCUUUUAAAAGACAUGAUUUUGUUAAGUUCUAUGAGAUGAUUUAUUACUAUGUGACAAUUAUCAAACUUGUUAAUCAUAUCCUGCUCAUAAUACAAGAUCUAUUAUUAGGUGAAGGACUGGAGAUUAAGUUCCGUAGUUUUGCUGAAACACGAUUUACCGAUUAAGCAUCUUACAAUAAAUCGUGCUUGAGCAUGGAAAUAACUAAUUGUGAGUUAAAAAUUCUGAUUUUAACUUACUUCCAAAUGUGCCUUCUUUCUAAAAAGUCUUUGUUGUACAGACCAAGUGCUUUUAAGCCUAGAUCUACCACUGCUGUCACAACUUGUUUCACAACAGCUACGACCUUUGUGACAAGUGACUUAAAAGCUUUUUUUCAAUAGAGGAGAAGAUACUUCCUUGCUUUUGGAUUAGUGUUGCCGGUAUUGUAGUCGAUAGUGACGAUGGUGCAGUAUUGACAUUUUCCGGAUAAGAGUCUAAUAAGCGAGCUGCAUUUUAAUGAAAUUUAACAUUGACAUUUUUAAACAAAUGUACUAAAGAUAAAUGAUGUGUGUAUAUUUCAAUUUUUCUUUGUUUUAAAUUAAUUUCAUAAUCUGUAACUAAGCGAUAAAAACAUUUGUUUGUCAUCACAACGACCAACUAAUUUUGUUUAUUAGACAAUUAAAGAUCUUUCAAAAUUUUGCAAAUCUUGUAUCUGUGAAAAUUGAAGAGAUAAACUUUGCAAUAUUUUAUCAACACAUUUAACAAAUGUAAUUUUUUCAUCCAAAUUUAUAUUUAAGCAGUUAUGAUGAUGUUCAACAUCAUAUUCCAUGACUGCAUAUGGUGUCAGACCGUUAUCCAUUUUAUGAUCUAUUCCUAUCCACUCAACAGCAUGUUUAACGCGGUUACUUUUCGCAAAAUCCGUGAAGCAAAACAAACAACAAUACGUCUUAUCAGUGAUUCAUAGCAACCUAGAAGUUAGUCUCGCUCUAGAUAUUUUGUUUUACUUUGUAUACCUUUCUUUAUGUUUUAGCAUUUACGUUUUAGUAUUAUCAACUUUCGUCAGUUUAAUCAGACUGUUCUUUUAGUUAAAAACAUAAGAAUCAUUGGUUUUUUCUGUUUUUUUUGCUAUGCUAUAUAUUGAUACGCUCGUAAGCACUUGCAUUUUUAUUAACCAUCGUUGAGUUAACAGUCGAUUUCGUGCUAGCUUCAUCUAUCAUUGUAUCACAAACAAGCAACCAAGUAAUAAACAUCAGUUAAGAGCAACGUUUUUAAAAGAAAUUAGAAACUAAUAGAGCUAAGUAGUUUAUCUCUCUCCUUUCUUUUCUGUACUCCCUUUCUCACAUCUAUGAAGAAUUUUGUUUUCUGUACAAGUUAUACAAAAGUUUCGUUGCAAAUUUUAUGUUACAUUCGAAAAGAUACUGUAUGGUCCCUAAAUUAUUUAGUUUUAUGAGAAGAAACUUAGUUGGUAAUAUAAUUUUGAGGAUACCUGUCAUGCUAACAAGCUUUAUAAUAUGUUCUCUUUUACAAAAAUAAUCGUUUUGAAUUUAUCUUUCAGAAAAAACCAAACAUGUUAGUUUUUCGAUCGUACUUAUUCCUGCUGUGUUUUAUAAUAACAAUAACUACAAUACUAAUAGUGAAAACAGUACAUGCUGAGUAAGCUAGUUUUCUAGUUUUAUGUCUGUUGAACAAAGGCGAAUUAUUCUUUAUUUGUUUUAUAGAGAUACAUCGGAGGAUGUAGGGUUAACGCCAGCAGAUGAGGAGAUGCUAGAUCGAGAAUUAAAACCAUUUAACAUUUACGCGAAAUAUGACGGCACGUAUGAUACUGAUGUUGAAGAUGACGAUGAUGAAGAUGACGAAGAAGAAGAGCAAUCGAACACACGAGAAAGAAGAGACCUUACAUAUGAGAAUUUUACAUGCCCGUGGACUCAACUUGGUAAAAACUGUACACCAGGUUUGAAGGCAUGGACAAAAGAACGAUGUGGGGUGCUUAUAGAUACAUCAUCAACGGGUAUCUUUAGUAAAUGUCUUAAAGCUAUACCAGACAAAACAGUUGGCCCAAAACUGCAUAAAAGUUGUCUGAUUUUAACAUGUCGAUGUCAAAAAACACACAGUGUAAGAGGUUUAUGCUACAUGUUAUCAUAUAUGGAACAAAGUUGUAAUAUAUUUAAUGCCUCUAGUCCUCGUUGGUGGAUAAAACCUGGUUGCAAUAAAGCCGCGGGCACUCCAAGACCACCAAUACAGCCACAAAACGCGACUACAGUACGACCAACGACUACAGCUCCAAUAAAACCAUUACCGAAGGGCAAAGAUGCUUGUAUAUUGAGUUAUUAUAUAGCAAACGCUACAUAUGCAGUUCCGGGUGUAGUAGAUCCGCAGAGUAACGAUGUACUCAAAAACCUGGUAGCCAAAUAG